AUGAACCUAGCCGAGCACGUUCUCACCACCUUCGACCAGAUCGUCAACUGGGCGCGACAGGGCUCUCUCUGGCCGCUCAGCUUCGGGCUCGCCUGCUGCGCCCUCGAGAUGAUGCACGUGUCGAUGCCGCGCUACGACCAGGACCGGCUGGGGAUCAUCUUCCGGGCGUCGCCGCGGCAGGCGGACGUGAUGAUCGUGGCGGGCACGGUGACCAACAAGAUGGCGCCCGCGCUGCGGCAGUGCUACGACCAGAUGGCCGAGCCCCGCUGGGUGAUCAGCAUGGGCAGCUGCGCCAACGGCGGCGGCUACUACCACUACAGCUACAGCGUCGUGCGCGGGGUCGACCGCCUCGUCCCCGUGGACGUGUACAUCCCCGGGUGCCCGCCGACGGCCGAGGCCACCCUCUACGGGGUGUUUCAGUUGCAGAAGAAGAUGCGGCGGACGAAGGUUACCCGGAUGUGGUAUCGACGGUGA